GCGGGGGCGGGGCGGGGCGCAGCUCCGACUUCGGACAUGGCGCACGCUGGCAGUGGCAGCGGUGGCGGCGGCCCCGCGGGCCGGGGGCUGAGCGGCGCCCGCUGGGGUCGCUCGGGCUCCGCAGGCCACGAGAAGCUGCCGGUGCACGUAGAAGACGCCCUCACCUAUCUGGACCAGGUGAAGAUCCGCUUUGGCAGCGACCCUGCCACCUACAACGGCUUCCUGGAGAUCAUGAAGGAGUUCAAAAGCCAGAGCAUCGAUACUCCUGGAGUCAUCAGACGUGUCUCGCAGCUCUUCCACGAGCACCCUGACCUCAUUGUUGGAUUCAACGCUUUUCUUCCCCUCGGAUAUAGAAUAGACAUUCCCAAGAAUGGCAAGUUAAACAUACAGUCGCCUCUGACAAGCCAGGAGAAUUCGCACAACCACGGGGACGGUGCGGAGGACUUCAAGCAGCAGGUGCCGUAUAAAGAGGACAAACCCCAGGUGCCCCUGGAGUCCGACUCCGUGGAAUUCAACAACGCCAUCAGCUAUGUGAAUAAGAUUAAAACCCGCUUCCUAGACCACCCGGAAAUCUACAGGUCAUUCCUGGAGAUCCUGCACACGUACCAGAAGGAGCAGCUGAACACGAGGGGCCGGCCAUUCCGAGGCAUGUCUGAAGAGGAGGUGUUCACUGAGGUGGCCAACCUCUUCCGGGGCCAGGAGGACCUGCUCUCGGAGUUUGGACAGUUCCUGCCCGAAGCCAAGCGGUCUCUGUUCACAGGAAACGGGCCGUGCGAGAUGCACAGCGUGCAGAAGAACGAGCACGACAAGACCCCGGAACACAGCAGGAAGCGCUCCCGGCCCUCGCUCCUCCGCCCCGUGUCUGCACCCGCCAAGAAAAAAAUGAAACUUCGUGGUACCAAAGACCUGUCCAUCGCUGCAGUGGGGAAGUACGGGACUCUGCAGGAAUUUUCUUUCUUUGACAAGGUCCGCCGGGUGCUGAAGAGCCAGGAGGUGUAUGAAAACUUCCUCCGCUGCAUCGCACUCUUCAACCAGGAGCUGGUGUCUGGCUCUGAGCUCCUGCAGCUCGUCAGCCCAUUUCUGGGGAAAUUUCCAGAACUCUUUGCACAGUUCAAGUCCUUCCUGGGGGUAAAAGAGCUGUCCUUUGCGCCACCCAUGAGCGACAGAUCCGGGGACGGGAUAAGCCGGGAAAUCGACUAUGCAUCCUGCAAGCGCAUAGGAUCCAGCUACCGGGCACUCCCCAAAACCUACCAGCAGCCCAAGUGCAGUGGGAGGACAGCCAUCUGCAAGGAGCUUGACCAUUGGACACUUCUCCAGGGUUCGUGGACAGACGAUUACUGCAUGUCCAAGUUCAAGAAUACCUGCUGGAUUCCAGGAUAUAGUGCAGGGGUACUGAACGACACCUGGGUCUCCUUCCCUUCCUGGUCUGAGGACUCCACCUUCGUCAGCUCCAAGAAGACACCGUACGAGGAGCAGCUUCACCGCUGUGAGGACGAGCGCUUCGAGUUAGACGUUGUCCUGGAGACGAACCUGGCCACAAUCCGCGUGUUGGAAAGCGUGCAGAAGAAGCUAUCUCGGAUGGCGCCGGAAGACCAGGAGAAGUUCCGGCUGGACGACUCCCUGGGAGGCACGUCGGAGGUGAUCCAGCGCCGUGCCAUUUAUCGCAUCUAUGGCGACAAGGCCCCGGAGAUCAUCGAGAGCCUCAAGAAGAACCCUGUCACCGCUGUCCCCGUUGUCCUGAAAAGACUGAAGGCCAAGGAAGAGGAGUGGCGGGAGGCCCAGCAGGGCUUCAACAAGAUCUGGCGGGAGCAGUAUGAGAAGGCGUACCUCAAGUCCCUUGACCACCAGGCUGUGAACUUCAAGCAGAACGACACCAAGGCCCUGCGCUCCAAGAGCUUGCUCAACGAGAUCGAGAGCGUCUACGACGAGCACCAGGAGCAGCACUCGGAGGGCCGCAGUGCCCCCUCUAGCGAGCCGCACCUCAUCUUUGUGUACGAGGACCGGCAGAUCCUGGAGGACGCAGCAGCGCUCAUCAGCUACUACGUGAAGCGGCAGCCGGCCAUCCAGAAGGAGGACCAGGGCACCAUCCACCAGCUGCUGCACCAGUUCGUGCCCAGCCUCUUCUUCUCUCAGCAGCUGGACCUGGGAGCCUCGGAGGAGUCAGCUGAUGAGGACCGGGACAGCCCCCAGGGGCAGACCACAGACCCCAGUGAGCGGAAGAAGCCGGCGCCAGGACCCCACAGUAGCCCCCCAGAGGAGAAGGGGGCCUUCGGGGAUGCCCCAGCCACCGAGCAGCCACCCCCGCCGCCCCCAGCCCCGCACAAGCCCCUGGACGAUGUCUACAGCCUAUUUUUUGCCAACAACAACUGGUACUUCUUCCUGCGCCUGCACCAGACCCUGUGCUCCAGGCUGCUGAAGAUCUACCGCCAGGCGCAGAAGCAGCUUCUGGAGUAUCGGACCGAGAAGGAGCGGGAGAAGCUGCUGUGUGAGGGCCGCAGGGAGAAGGGCAGCGACCCCGCCAUGGAGCUGCGGCUGAAGCAGCCCAGUGAAGUGGAGCUGGAGGAGUACUACCCGGCCUUCCUGGACAUGGUGCGGAGCCUGCUGGAGGGCAGCAUCGACCCCACGCAGUACGAGGACACCCUACGCGAGAUGUUCACCAUCCAUGCCUACGUGGGCUUCACCAUGGACAAGCUGGUGCAGAACAUUGCGCGGCAGUCUCCAUCCCGAUGUGUUUCUGGCCUUUGUCGACUUCCUCUGUGGGUGAGGUGGGGACUCCUGCAGGAGGCGGGGUGGCCGCACCACCUGCUUUCCUCCCGCCAGCUGCACCACCUCGUGAGCGACGACGUCUGCCUGAAGGUGGUGGAGCUCUACCUGAACGAGAAGAAGCGGGGUGCCGCCGGUGGGAACCUGUCCUCCCGCUGCGUCCGCGCUGCCAGGGAGACCAGCUACCAGUGGAAGGCUGAGCGCUGCAUGGCCGACGAGAACUGCUUCAAGGUGAUGUUCCUGCAGCGCAAAGGGCAGGUGAUCAUGACCAUCGAGCUCCUGGACACCGAGGAGGCCCAGACGGAGGACCCUGUGGAGGUCCAGCACCUGGCUCGGUACGUGGAGCAGUAUGUGGGGACCGAGGGCGCGUCCAGCUCGCCCACCGAGGGCUUCCUCCUGAAACCUGUGUUCCUGCAGAGGAACCUCAAGAAGUUCCGCCGCCGGUGGCAGAGCGAGCAGGCGCGGGCCCUGCGCGGUGAGGCCAGGAGCUCCUGGAAGCGGCUGGUGGGCGUGGAGAGUGCCUGCGACGUGGACUGCCGCUUCAAGCUCAGCACUCACAAGAUGGUGUUCAUCGUGAACUCCGAGGACUACAUGUACCGUCGUGGGACCCUCUGCCGGGCCAAGCAGGUGCAGCCCCUGGUCCUGCUCCGCCACCACCAGCACUUUGAGGAGUGGCACAGCCGCUGGCUGGAGGACAAUGUGACGGUGGAGGCGGCUAGCCUGGUGCAGGACUGGCUGAUGGGUGAGGAGGACGAGGACAUGGUACCCUGCAAGACGCUGUGUGAGACAGUGCACGUGCACGGCCUGCCCGUGACCCGCUACCGCGUGCAGUACAGCCGCCGCCCGGCCUCGCCCUGACCCGCCCUCAUGGGCACCGGGCAGGCGCCUCACAGAGCACAGACGUGCCCUCGGCCUUGGUCGUGUCGGGGCCGUUUUCUUGAACGACCUGAGAGGCAUCUCCCAGCCCCUCUGCUGCCGGACAGCGCACUCCAGGGCAGGACGCUGCCCCCGUGGCUCCCGGUCUCCUGUGGGCCUGCUGUGUGCCAAACCUGAGCUACCUGCACCCGAGCCCUGGGGCUCAGCCCCACCACAGGGGCGGGUGGGCGUGCUGGCCGAGGAACAAGCAAUCAUGUUUGCGUCCCCGUCCGUCACAUGUGCCAAAUCCCUGGCAGGCAGAUGGCUCCUGCCCCAUAUUCUUACCGUGUCUUGGAAAAGUCACAGGUGACAGCCCUCCUGAGGCCCACACUUUGGAGGGGGUCCAUGUCCAAGAGACCCUGACAAGGAAGGAGUUGAGCCCUGGGUAGGCUUGCUUGAAAAGUGAGUCCUUCCAGAAUAUUCUCAGAGCUGCCAGAAACAUCAUCUGAGGGUUUGGGCAUCAGCUCUGCCUGGCUGGUGUUCAGGCCCUCAGUCACUUUGGAAGUGAGAAGAACCCUUCAGCCAAACCUUUGGGAUCCCAUUUUGAAGUCAAGAGCUGGAGCAGGCGGGCAGUGCCCUGGGAGACCCCGCUCUGGAUAAAAGACACCCAACCCCAACUCCAGCAGCUGGACUCUGGGCCCACAAGGGGAGGGACCCCAGCCAGUAUUCCCUCAGAGCUGGCACGACCCCGCUGUGGGGCGGCGGGCCCAGUCGUGUUCCUGCAGUGGGCACCCUAGGCAUAUGUGUAUACACGCACAGAUAUUUAUUCCUUUCGCUCUUAGUGGUUGUUAUUUCUGCAGCAGCCAAGUCCUGCGGCUCCCUGGGGCUGAGAUCUCCCUUUGUGGAACUCCGAGAGCCGCCCUGACAGUCCCAGCCGCCACCCAAGGAGCCCCACCCGCCCACCCACCCCGGGACCCACGCGGCCACUCCAGGGAUCAUUGUUGUCCUUUUGUGAGGGGCUGAGGCGACUGUCCCAUGGAGGCAUCGAAGGCUUUCUGUGCCAAGAAUCCCAAGUGACUGGGGCUGGGGACCACUUCUCCAGGCCUCCCUGACCAUGAGAGCCCCUGGCCCUGGCCCCUGCACACCAGUGGGCCCAGAAUAACCGCCACCCUUGCCGUCCUACAACAGCUGGACUCAAGUUUCCAGGAAGUGGAGAUGUGUUUCUAGAAGUUUCCUCUGGAACCUGGAGGCUCCUGACGCCUUUGACUCCAGGCUGGGCGAUUCCGAUGCCGACCCGUCCUCCUGGGCUCCCUGCCCCCGCUCCCCAAGUGUCACGCAGGCACUUUGUACGCAUCCCGGUUUUCUAAGAAGGGAACUUGCCAUCAGGAUUCCUGCACCAGGCCCAUGGCCGUCUCGGGCAGAGCCACUUGGGCCCCGGGUGCAGCCGGAGACCCUGCCGAGCCCCUCCUCCCGGUAUUCCCAUCCCCGCAUGCUUCUAGGGAGCGCCUCUUUUCCGUUCUUGAGGAAUUUCUGUUCUGGGGCUUGUCCUUCCUUUGCAGCUGUUUUGAAUGUAGUUUUCCUUUUCUAUUUAUUUGCACAUUAAAGUUAAUAAUUGAAUAUUGACA